AUGUCUUCCUCAUCGAACACUGCUCUCAAAACGCUUAUAUCACGUUGCGACAAUAGCAGUCUGUAUGAAUACACGUCGCGUUUCGUUCCAGAGCUGGCUCUCCUAGGCUACACAGAUGUAGCAGCGCGCCUGAUAGGCAGACUCAACAACUAUGACUUCUACCACGACCGAGUCGGAAGCCUUCGGCCCCUUUGGUUCCUCUGGGAUCUGCGUGCGAAGGGAGAUGAUGCACCAUGGCCUGAAGGAGAAGAAGAUAAGGUGCGCCGGGCUGUGAGGGACAGACGAGCAAAGACGAACAACGGCGAACCUCGAACGGGAAGUGACGGAACAGUAAAACCAGACGAUGUACAGGAAGAGCUGCAACUUAUGGCGAAAGAGUUUGCGUCGAAAUGUUAUGAUUUGCCUGGGAUGCUAGGUCCGGCAAAAGCACUCCACACCUAUCCGCUUGAUGACCCACGCCUUACUCCUCGAAUGCUUCGAAAGGCGAUAAAUUCCAUCCAUAACUUUCAGACUGGGCGUCUGACAUCUAAUAUGCGAGACGUAAGAAGCGGGCUGGUGAACAUGCUGGACCUGGUCUUAUGGGCUGAAGCGAACCAUGAACAGCCCGGGAUGGACGAAUCACUACGUCAGUCGGGCACCCAGCCAUCCCAUGAGUUGCUACGUUGGCUAGCGCACAGUUUGGGAGAACGUUCGUACGAGAUUCAGCCGGCGAUGGAGUCCAGGCAGGCAUGGAAGUUGUACAAAAGCGGAGCGCUGAGACAGCACCUCAACAUUGAUGAAGCAGCGCUCGCAACCUUUGCAAAGGACUUCGAGAACGCUUUGACCGAUCGACUCACGAACGGUCGAGCUAGACCAGGAGCAAACAUCUCCAUUCAAGAACUUUUAGUAGCAGCCGAACACAACACGAAAUACAACGCCGGGGCCAGAAAAGUCAAUCCCGAGCCCCCUGAAACCUCCCUCUUUCACUCUCCAGCCACCGACUCGCAGAUUGAAGAAGCCGAAACACGGCUCAACACCACCUUGCCAGCCGACUACAAGACCUUCCUCAACAUCAGCAACGGUUUUGGUUCUCCUUGGGGGCACCCACUAGGCGACCUUCAGACGCCUCUGCAUCCUAUCGACAAACUACGCUGGCUCGACCCUGCAGAAGAAGACUACUUCACUGACCUCACGCUCGACCUACCCACUCGAUGGGAUAAAUGGCCUUUCGUCCCCGCCCCAACAGCCAAGGCUUACGCCUGCGAUGAAGUGACAGAGCAUUUCCUCAUCGGUCGUGCAUUGGAAAUUGGUACGCAGGAGAUUGAUAAUACGUGGCUUCUCCCGCCUUCUACCAUUGUGCCGAUAAAGCAGGCUGUGAAGAAGAUGCUGGACGAUGAGACUCUGGGUAAACGCGAAAAGAACAGUGUAAGAGUUGCGAUCAAGGAUUUUGCCGGGAGUGAAGAGGAGUGGGAGCAGAUGGAGUGGACGUGUGUUACUUGGGCUAGUGGAGGGGUGGCGGCUAUGUAUGUUUAUCCGGGGUUUAGGGCGUGGCUUGAGGAUGUUGUUGAGAAGGGAAGUGUUGGGUUGGGGGGUGACGAGCAGGAAGAGCAAGAGAAGAUGUUGAAGCGUGGCAUGUGGUUGGGGAGGGUGUUUGAGAAUAGAACAAGCGGGGAUAAAUCGGACGCGGAGGAAUCGCCGGGGUGGCUGAAAGACGCGAUUAGAGCAGCGAUGCCAAAAAGAAGAUGCUGA